AUGUCGCUCGACCCCCGCGACUCCCGCACCAGAGGUCGCUCCAAAUCGCCUGGGCGCCGCGAUUCCUCGCGCUCCAGAGUCACCGAACGAGAGGAGUAUUCCAGCGCUCGGGCGCCGUCUCCCCCGUCCUCGCGAUACGAUGACGACCCGCGCGACCGUGGCUACGACUAUGAAGAGAGGGAAUCAACUACAAUCCGAUCCUCGAGGGGCAGGGACCCCGCGAUCGUGACGGCGGAACCGAGGGGCGACCCCCGAGACCCGCGAUACGGGUCGUCGUCGCAGUAUCAAGAGCGGGACAGUUAUGGCAUGCCAGGCGCGUUUAAAGAAGUGAGGGAGGAAGAGAGGGAGGUGAGGUAUUCGGAUGGGCGGGUGCGGGAGAAGGAUUAUUAUAAGGAGUCGACGUACGACAAGAAGGAUAAAUAUGUCAGGCCUGUGUCGCCGCCCGAGCGAUCGAGAUACGAUACAGACAAGUAUGCGUACGAGAAGGAGAGGGGGGGAGAGCGGGAUUAUAAGCCCGAUAAGUAUGCCUACGAGAAGGAGUCGAAAGUAAGUAAAUAUGCGUAUGAAAAGGAACGGGAUAGCGAUCGACACCACCGCGAGCGCGAUCCAUUGCAGUACGAGGAUCCCAAACAAGGCCACGGAAGAAGCGGCUCGUUCAAUAUCGCGGCAGGACACACGAGCAUCUCUGGUGGCAUAAACUUCGCUCACGAUAAGCACGGUGGGAAACCACAAUACUCUCAACCUGAUCCUUUGGCAUAUGGUGCCCAACCCGCCCUUCCUGCGUAUGCCACAUCCCCGCCUGAUCGACACGGUGCCACCUCCUACGCAGACCCCCCUAAAUGGGAAUAUGCUCAGCCAGGCCAGCAGCUCACUUAUACCAAGCGUCCAGAGGCAGGGGGUUAUCAAGCUGCUCCAGGUCCUCCGCCUCAGCAAUAUCCUGGACGAGACCCGCGCGACUCACGCGACCCACGCGACUCGCGCCAUGGUAGCACUUCGUAUACUGCGGAAUCUGCUCGAUCAUCCAAGUCCCAGAUCCUGACCGUGGAGCCCGGAUCUCGACAUCGCCGUGACCCCUCGCCAGGUCCCGGACUGGCCCCUAGAAUGCACUCCCUCUCUGUAUCUUCAGGGCACCACGGAGGUGCGGCCCUGACUCUGGCGAAUGCCCCUGGAUCUCCGCUACUCGAGGCAUAUCACGGGACGUAUCAGUCAAUCUCACCGAUGCCGUCUCCACUAAUGAUGGCAUCAUCUCAUUCUCACUCUGAUAUCAACCUCAUCGAACCCCUCUCGCCAGAAUCGUCGGAUGACGAGCGAAGAGGAGGCAAAAAGAGCCGCAGAACCGCUCGAUUCCACGACCCGGAGGAAGAAGCCACCAUUCUGGCCAAAGCCCUAAAAGGCGAGAAACGUGGCCCAGACACCCAGCCACUGAUUGAAAUCCUCCCGGGCCUGACACACGAACAAGUCCUCCAGCUACGUGUGGAGUACAAGAAAAUCGUGAAGACCGGCUCGGAGAAGAAGGGCGUUAAUAUCGCCAAGCACAUUAAGCUACGUCUUAAGGACGAGGAUCCUUCGCUCAUGAAAGCUUGCUAUGUAUGCGCCCUGGGGAAAUGGGAGAGCGAGGCUUACUGGGCAAACUUUUGGUACCAGGGGGAGAAGAGCAGGAGAGAGCUGCUUAUCGAGUCCCUAAUGGGACGCACCAACCGCGAAAUCCGGGAAAUCAAAGACGGCUUCGCCGAUAAGAAAUACAGCGAUAGCUUGACAAAAUGCAUGAAAACGGAGCUGAAGGAGGAUAAGUUCAAGAAAGCCAUUCUGUUGGUACUGGAUGAGCGGAAGAUGGAGGAACGGCAUGGACAUGGGGUGGAUAAGCAUCUCGUUGAAGAUGAUGUGCAUGACCUGCAUAAAGCCGUGAGGUCUGAGAAAGGUGGAGAGAGUGCUAUGAUUUCGAUUAUUGUGGUGCGGAGUGAUAGUCAUUUGAGGGAGGUGUUGAAGUUGUACGAGAGUACAUAUCGCGCUAAUUUCGCGAGGGAAAUGUUGAAGAAGAGUGGGAAUCUUGUGGGCGAACUCCUCGCACACAUCCUCAACGGCGUGAUCAACAAGCCGGUCCGCGACGCCCUCCUCGUCCAGCACGCGCUCUCCCUCUCCAAAUCGGACAGCAUCCGUACGGAGCUCCUCAUCAGCCGACUUGUGCGGUACCACUGGGACCGGCCACAUAUGGAAGCUGUCAAGAGGGAGUAUCGUACUCGCUAUGGCAUUGAUAUGCAGAGAGCCGUUGCGGAGGGCACGCGCGGCGAGUGGGGGACGUUCUGUGAGAUGCUUUGCGUGAGACGGAUGGGUGACGAGGUGAGAGAGGUGCGAAGAGUGGAGGAGUAUCGGGUUGAGAGGGAGAGAAGGUGA